CUAGAGACACACUUCAAAACUCAUGUACUGCAAUCUACGCUAGUGUUUCAAUAGGCCAAAUAGCCAGAGGCAACUCUAUUGGGUGUUCAUGUUCCCCUCAACUGUGAGGCACAGUUCGAGAUCUCAGACUGUUCCGCGCUUCCAGCCUGGUGUGUGUGGGGCAGACGGAAGGAGCGCUUUCCCUAGAUUGUAUUAGCCUAUCUGAGCCUUGUAUAGCCACCUCCAUCUUUACGCGCCUUCACGCCAUCCAUACUUCAUCACGUAAAUCGACGUCAGAUCUGUUCGGAAGGAAAGUACAGAAAGUUUCAUACCGCGAACGAUCGCGCCAAUUUUCAGCUUCGUCAGUAUUACCGAUUCAUGCUCAGCAUACCCAGACCUUCAUCCCACUGAGGUAGGCUACGAGAACGAGAGCCAACGCAGCCGAGGCGACAGAAUUCAAACUGUCAGCUUACACCAUAGCCAUGCUUCUCCCGUUUUCCAGUUCCAAAAUCUGGAUAUGUACCGCUCUCGGUGCCUACUGGCUUCUUGUUCGCGUUCUCCGUUAUAGACGUCGUGAUAGCGUUUCUCGUCGCCUCAAUUACCCUGAUCGCUCGUCGUGGAGCCGUAUGACACUUCAAGAUGCGCAUUCCAUGCAGCUCGCUCUUGCCGAAUUAGAGUUCCCGACCGUGUUUUCUGUUUCCGUGUUCUUCGCUCUCUUCAAGACGUAUGGCAUCCCCAGCAUUUCUAAGCUGCUGGUCGCAACAGGACAAUUGUCAGAUUCUGAGACUGCAUCCAAACGAGCCGCAGAUACUGGCGUCGUGAUCACCGAGGUAGUGCUGAACAAACCAGACUCUGAAAGAGCGAUCAGUGGCAUAGCACUCAUGAAUUACCUUCAUGGUCGAUACAUCAAGGCUGGGAAGAUAUCGAAUGACGAUAUGUUAUACACCCUUAGUCUUUUCGUGCUCGAGCCAAUCAGAUGGACGGCCAAAUACGAGUGGCGAGGUGUAACGGACUUUGAGAGAUGCGCCAUGGGCGUCUACUGGAAAGAUCUUGGUGAGGCAAUGAAGAUAUCGUACGAUACUCUACCUUCUGCUGGCCAAGGAUGGCGAGACGGUUUGCACUGGCUCGAAGAAUUGGAGGCGUGGAGCCUCGCCUACGAAACUCGGAAUAUGGUGCCCGCCGAUACGAAUGCAACACUUGCUCGCGGCACGUUCGAUAUCGCCUUAUUCAAUGUGCCUUCCAUUCUCAAACCAUAUGGGUUCACUAUAGCUUCUUCGUUGCUCGAGCCACGUUUACAGAAGGCGAUGAAGUUACCACAGCCACCAGCUAUCUACACACAGAUCCUUGAAACUGUCGUCGAGAUUCGGAAAUUUGCAUUGCGAAACUUCUUUCUCCCUCGACCGCACUUCCUACGUAAGGAAUGGUUCACAGAACUCGAUGGAAAGACUGGACGCGCCCACUUCGGCCAAUACAUUGCUCACCCUUGGUAUAUAAAGCCGACAUUUAUCACAAGAUGGGGACCGAAGGCGUUGUUACUGCGACUUAUUGGAGGCGCCGUUCCUGGAGAUGAAAAGUACCAUCCAGAUGGAUAUCGUAUUCAUGAGCUCGGUCCGUCGGAGCUCGUAGGAAAGGGUGACACUGAGAUGGCACGCGUAAUCAACUAUUCAUCAAACUCGGAUCGGGCACAAUCUCUCAUGAAGGAACUAUCAUCCAUACCAGGCCCAUCCUCAGAAGCAAACCCACGCUUCCACCUGGUCCAAGCAGACAUGUCCUCAAAACCGUCAGUCCAAAAUCUUGUGAAAGAAACAAUCGAAAAGAUGGGCCGGUUGGACGUCGUCGUUUCUAACGCAGGCUGGACGCGCAUGACGACCUUUACCGACAUUGAGCAGCAAGUCAAUGAUGACGACUGGGACAAAUGUUUCACCAUGAAUGCAAAAACGCACAUGUGGCUAGCAUAUGCCGCGAAAGAUGCCUUGGCCGAAAACGAAGGAUGUUUUAUUUCGACAGCGAGUGUGGCGGGUGUGAAGCCUAGUGGAAGCAGCGUUCCUUAUGCUGUUACCAAAGCAGCGCAAAUUCAUCUUGCAAAGAGUCUUGCUGUCAUUCUGGCACCGAAGAUUCGUGUGAACAGCAUCAGUCCGGGUAUGCUACUCACAGAAUGGGGGCUCAAGUUUCCAGAAGCGAAGCGUAAUGCUGCGAUCAACAACACCAAGUUGAAGAGGUUGGCUACGGUAGAAGAUUGUGCGGAUCAGGUUAGAGUCCUGGCGCUGAGCAGGAGUAUCACUGGGCAAAACAUCUCGAUAGAUGGCGGUUCGUCGGUCUAGCUACACAACGCGACUACCGAGAGAAGAGGGUUGUUGGACCAUCUGGGACGGAGUGUUUGUCUAGGUCGGGAAGGGAUGCUGCUUCUGCCCCGAUGAGUGCUGAAGAGCUUACUGUGGUACAACUCGACAGACUUCAGCAGUGUAUGAGAAACUAUGCGCGUAGUCAACUGAACGGCUAUCUCUCGUUUCUUGUGUGCUUUUGUCAUGGUCAUCGUCUAGCGUUUAGGCGUAAGAACGAAGCGUAGUGCAACGACCGUGACUUGCACAAACUAGGCUUGUGCUACACCAAGACUCGGUCGACUCUUAUGCGACGUAUUGAUUGUGGAAUGUGUAUAUUUUCGGCAUGUUUGCUGUUCGUCAUCCGACGGAGAACUGCGUGCGACCGCAGACUUACUUCCGUUGC